AUGAACAUCUCCUGUGUGCUAUCAGCACUCCUGGCUAUGAUCCGUCUAGCCGAGUCCGCCCUCCUGUGUGAUAGGAGCAAGGAGCCAGCCUUCUACUGGCUGGAUGAGCCCAGCCAUUGCGAUGAUACCAGUGGGACUCCGGCUGUGUUGAACGUUACAACAGAUCACGUUAAGACGUACAGGGUCAAGGGGUGGGUGGUUGUGCUCCAAGAAUUCAUAUGCACCACCCACUACUUCGUAUGGGGAUCGUACAGUGUGACUCAUAAUCUUAUUCCAGUAAAGAUAAACCCUGUGGAUUCUCCCGAUCCAGGAUGCCCAGACGGACAUUUCCAAUACAACAACCCCCAAGAUCUGCUAUCCCUUUGUGAGUGGGCUUGGCCUUCUUCAGUGACGACCAGCAAGAAAGUAUGCCGGAGGUCCAUGGGCAUGAUGGAAAACAGCCCAGGAGGAUAUUUUAUAGAAGGCGCAAAGGCAUCAUGCAAAGAUUACACAUGCUGGACAGACUCAGGAGUCUUAUUUGUACACACGUCAGCCCUCCAUCAGUUGGAGGAACGGAGUCAAACAUCCAAGCUAAUUACAGACGCGCUUUGCACUUCAUCUUACUGUAUCGAUCCCUCUUCCAUGACCUUAUAUAAGGUGCAAGAAACCGCCAUCCCAGGAGAGGGUUGGGACUCAGGAUUCAUCAGCAUCACGGGUGAGAUGGUGAGGCUGAGAUGGAUUCCUCCCAAGACCAAUCCUAAACCUCGGCGAACCCAGAGAGACACAUCCGAAGACAUCCAAAAGAUCAUGUAUUUGGAAGAAGAAACUCUUCGACUAUCAAGAGACACGAGGAUACUAUGUCACAUCAUAUCACAAAUCAAGACCCUGUUUUGGAUGUCUUCCAGCUCAGCACCUACCACAUUGGCCAGUUACUGGACAAGGACAACUUAG